AGUAAGAGUAUGUGGACUACCAAUGAAUAACUUUCUUUUCGGGGUCCACUUGUUUUAAUUGUAGUGAACCAACUAUUCUUUGUAGAUAACAGAAAAUGAAGACCAUUAGACCAUAAAGGUCAAAAAAUUUGGCUUUGGAGUUUGAACUAAGCUUACAAUAGACUAGUUCCUUCAACUGGUAUGGCUUUAAUUUUUCUUUAAAUUUCUAUUUCUGUUUUUUUAUAGCAUUGUUUUCGUUUGUUUCAUUAUGGGUUAUGUAUUUUUCUUAAAAGGAUUAGAAAUGCUGAAGAGAAUUGGUCUGGUUUUGGUGAUUGUUUUGGUGUCAUGGGGAUACCAGGCAAUUCACCCUCCACCACCUAAAAUAUGUGGCUCACCUGGAGGACCACCCAUCACUGCUCCCAGAAUAAAGCUUAGAGAUGGAAGACAUUUGGCCUAUAAGGAAUAUGGUGUUCCAUUAGGAGUUGCCAAGUAUAAGAUUAUCUUUGUUCAUGCCUUUGGUUCUUGCAGACACCAUACAGUGGUUGCAACCACCCUUUCUCAGGAAGCUAUUGAAGAACUAGGUGUGUACAUAGUGGGGUUUGACAGACCAGGCUAUGGAGAAAGUGACCCGGAUCCUAAAAGGACAGUGAAAAGUUUGGCUUUGGAUAUAGAAGAGCUUGCUGAUCAACUUGGACUUGGAUCCAAGUUCUAUGUGAUUGGAUUCUCCAUGGGGGGUCAGGCUAUAUGGGGCUGCCUUAAGUUUAUCCCCAAUAGGCUUGCAGGAGCAGGACUCAUUGCUCCUGUGAUCAACUACUGGUGGCCUUCUUUUCCUAAAAACUUGUCCACUGAGGCCUACUACCAACAACCACCACAGGAUCAGUGGGCACUCCGAGUUGCUCACUACCUACCAUGGCUAACCUACUGGUGGAACACUCAGAAGUUCUUUCCCGCAUCUAGUGUCAUAGCGAGUAAUCCUCAGACACUUUCACCACAAGAUAUGGAAAUUAUGAAGAAGUUGUUUUCAGCUUCUGGUCCUGAUAUGAAAACAUACAUGGCCAAACAGCAAGGAGAAUUUGAGUCAUUGCAUAGAGAUAUGAUGAUUGGAUUUGGGAGUUGGGAAUUUGAUCCAAUGGAUGAUCUGAAGAACCCUUUUCCUAACAAUGAAGGCUUUGUCCAUCUAUGGCAGGGUGAUGAAGAUAGGCUUGUCCCGGUAGUGCUGCAGCGCUAUAUUGCUAGUAAAAUUCCAUGGAUUCACUACCAUGAAUUAUCAAGUGCUGGACACUUGUUUCCCUUAGCCAGUGGAAUGAAUGAAGCUAUGAUGAAGGUUUUCCUUACUGGACAGAAAUAGCUUUGCUUUUGCAGUUAAAUAUUAAUCUCUCUUUUAAGGUUGUUAAAAUUCAAAUCAAUCCAUCUAAACCAGAUCAGAUCUGAUAUACUCAAUUAAAAUUAGAUUGGAUGUAGAAUUUCGAAAACUGAGUAGAACAAUGCAAUGAUAGAGUGUAUUACAAAUCCAUUAAUAAAAAAAACUAGACAAGUUGAUUGAA